AUGGUUGUGCUGUGUGUCCUGCAACGCGUGGGCUUUGGCCACACUGUAGCAAUCCCAUCGCACCCGCCCGUGCUCACAACAGCUCCUGCUGAGCAUAAUGGCACCACUGUUGUGGCCAGCGCCACCAGCGCCACAACCGCCAGCAGGACCGCUCGCACACAACACACUUCUCCACAACACCGCAGCAGCAUCCACGCCCGCAUCCCGUGCUUCGCUGCGCUUGCCGCUGUUGCCCUUCUCACGCUUGCGGUGGGGAGUCUUGCUGGGUCUGGGCGCGCGUCGCUGACGCAGGACGCGAAUGGAACCGUGCAUUUGCGCACCAGCGACCCGUCCCAGCGCGUGCUGGUGAACGAUGUAGAUGUGCUCGGUGUCUUGCGUGAGCUCCAGAGCCAACAAGGCGUGCUCGACACACUGAAGGUUCGCAUGUGUGCGGGCGUGGAUGCACUCGCCACCAUUGGUGGUCCCUUCACUGCUCCGUACUCCGACGUCGUUGCAGCGCCAAACGGCAUUCUUUAUGGCAUUCCAAGCGUUGGCGAUGAGGUGGCCUGGAUCAACCCUCGCACCGGACAGGUCGGAACCGUCCUCAUUCGGAACAUCAAUUGGGCUUCAAGUUUAUACUGGGCCAGUGGGGUACUGGCAAGCAAUGGCAAAAUCUACGGUACGCCUGCCAAAGCGCAGUUUGUCCUUAUCAUCGAUCCGGCCACCAACACCGUGGAUGUGUCCACAAUCGAGGUGCCUGUGCCGCCAGUCGACCCUCAGAAUGCGCAGUGGGCGGGCGCCGUCCUUGCACCCAACGACAAGAUCUACGCCGUUCCCCGCCACGGCACAAGCGUCCUCAUCAUCAACACGAAAACGAACCUGGCGGAUGUCACGACCAUCGCCAGUGUCAGCACACCACUGCAGACCGACCAGUGGCACGCUGCAGUGCUGGCGCACAACGGCCUCAUCUACGGUAUCCCCUUGUCUGCCAGCUCCGUCCUCAUCAUCAACCCUGCCACAGACACAGCGGACACAACCACACUCGCAAAUGUUGGCAGUGGCAUGAAGAAGUGGCUUGGCGCAGUGACGGGUCAAGAUGGCCGCAUCUACGGUAUUCCCUACGACAGCCCGCACGUGCUCGUGAUCGACCCAAGCACGAACACCUUCGACACCACCAGCGUCGCCACAAACUUUAUGGCCGGUGGUGACAAGUGGGCCGGGGGCGUGCUGCUCGACGACGGCCACAUCCUCGGCAUGCCAAGAGCAGCCCAGAGCGUGCUCUUGAUUGACCCGAGCACGAACACCACGGAUGCCGCCUCUCUGGCCCUGGGCAUGCUCGGUAGCGAAACUGAGCUGCAGUGGAGCGCCGCGGCCCUCGCUGUCGACGGAAAAGUGUACGCCGUUCCUCUUCAGAUCGACGACGUUCUUGUCAUUGACACCUUCUGCAUGCUGUGA